GGGAUGGCAGUAAGACGAUAUGGAUCCGUUCCCAUUGUGCAUCCAUGGGAACCUGCAGCUGUUCCUGCAUCCAGUGGAGGUAAACAGGCUGCCAGCAAAACCAGCGUUACUUAUGGAAGGAGCAACAGCCUGGGCACCAGAGAUAGUGAGACGCGGCCAGUGAUAAUAAGGCUGGUGCUAAUAAAGCUGGUGUUAGUUUGAAGAGAGGCAGCGUCGUCCACCAGGGGCCCCGAGCGGCGUCUCGCCCCGGCAGACAGGCUCUGCGCCUCUGCAGCAGCCGGAACUUGUCGUCCCUCCAGAGCUCCUCUCUUUCUGUCGCGCCCUUCAUGAGAAGCAGCCGCUCUCUCAACAGGCUCGACCAAACACCCACGGGAGAUGAUCCAGAGCAUGCAGUCAAACAAGGACCAACUGCAGCAAAUAAACUGCUGUCUUAUUCGGAGGAGCAGCUCAGGGAUGACGAGGAUCAGUUCGAUGCGGAUGAGGAGGAGCAAAUGAAAGCAAGCAGCUCCUCUGAGCUUCAGGAGUCUCCCUCCUCUGCAUGUCAUCAUACCUGCAACAAAGUAAAGAAACAGACCAUAGAUGGGGUGCAAACGCUCUGUGCCAUGACCUCUAUGCGACACAACUGGGUCCAAGCAAUGUUGAAAAAUGUGAGGCACAGUCCUACCUCUGACGUCACAAGCUCCUUUUCAGAGCAGAAAACUCCCCUAAAAUCACAGCUUCCAGACUCAGCCGAGGGCCCGGAGAGAGCUGAACACCCCGAGCCCAGCAGCAGCGACUGUGCAGAGGAAACACAGGAGCAGCAGAAACACCAGGAGCCCAGCCUGCAGCCGGAGGCAGAGCGGCGUUCUGCUGAUGGAAGCUCUGCAUCGCCUGCCAUCUCCUCCUCUCAUCUGGCCUCCCCCAUCUCACCCUCCGCCUCUUCCGCUCCGUCUCCCAUCAAUCCUCCUGGGCAGGUGGUGGAAGGUAAAGGUGUGACCGGUGCGUCUUCGUGUGUUGAGGGAAGAGCCGGCUCUACUUCCACAACAAUGCAGUCAAAUACUGAGAGCACAAAGGAGAAGGAGAAGCAGCAAACUGCGCCACUUGUCAUAGAGCUGGAGCAAACACAGAGGGAACUCUCUCGACUGCGGCAGUUAAACAGGAAUCUGCGGGAUGAGGUGCAACAAGAGAGAGCGAGGCAUGCAAGUGAAAUGAACGACCUCCUCUCAAACUCCAACUCGUCUUCAGAACAAGCUUUGGUUUUACAGCGUCUUCAUAAGAUUAACCACGACCUGCGCCUUGAGCUGGAGGAUCAGAAGAGCAGCUUUGAAGAAACAAGAGAAGUAGAACUACGGCGAAGGGUGGACCUCUUAGCUUAACAAGCUCAGAUACUGGUCACGGGCGAUGCCACUGCCCUCGCUCAGGCCCGCCUGGAGCAGGACCGGCAGAAGUUCAUGGAGCAGCGGCAGGAGUGGGAGCGCUGCAGGGCCUCGCUGAAGUCCCAGCUGAGUGCCAGUGAGGGACAGAGGAAGGAGGCCGUGUCGCGCUCCACACAGCUGCAGCAGGAGUUGCAGAGUUACCACAGUCUGGAGCAGGAGGCUCAGCGCCUACACAAACAUCUCCAAGAGGUGACCACUCAACUUCAGGCCAAUGAGGAGGC